AUGUCCACCUCCUCUCAAGGUAGUAGCACUAACAGAAACGCUAACAGAAACUCUCUUAAACCGUCGUCAAAUGUCAAGUCUAAGCCAAUUCAACGCCGUACUACCACCGCCUCCGCCGUCAAGGAUCACACCACCGUUCCGGGAAGAGUUAGAGUGGCGGUUAGGUUGCGGCCUCGGAAUGCAGAGGAAUUAGUGGCGGAUGCUGAUUUUGCUGACUGUGUCGAAUUACAGCCAGAGCUCAAAAGGUUAAAACUAAGGAAGAAUAAUUGGGAUGGAGAGACUUAUGAAUUUGAUGAGGUGCUCACAGAGUUUGCGUCGCAAAAACGCGUUUAUGAAGUUGUCGCUAGGCCUGUUGUGGAGAGUGUACUCGAUGGCUACAAUGGAACAAUCAUGGCAUAUGGCCAGACUGGUACUGGUAAAACUUAUACUCUUGGAAGACUUGGGGAGGAAGACACAGCAGCACGUGGAAUAAUGGUACGAGCUAUGGAAGAUAUUUUUGCAGAUGUUUCCUUGGAAAGUGAUUCGGUCUCAGUCUCAUAUUUGCAGCUGUAUAUGGAGACUAUACAGGAUCUGCUCGACCCUUCCAAUGAUAACAUAGCCAUCGUAGAGGAUCCCAAAACUAAUGAUGUUUCACUACCUGGAGCUACUCUAGUCGAGAUUAGGGACCAACAGAGUUUUGUUGAGCUACUAAGAUUAGGAGAGGCUCACCGCUUUGCUGCAAAUACAAAACUGAAUACCGAAUCUUCUAGAAGUCAUGCUAUUCUGAUGGUACAUGUAAAAAGAUCCGUCAAGGGAAGAGAUGCUUCUCAUUCAAGUGAAAAUGGAAAUCACCCACACAUGGUUAAAUCAUUAAAGCCGCCUAUUGUUCGGAAAGCUAAGUUGGUUGUUGUAGAUCUUGCUGGUUCAGAACGAAUUGACAAAUCAGGAAGUGAAGGACAUAUGCUAGAGGAGGCCAAAUCCAUCAAUCUAUCUUUGAGUGCACUGGGGAAAUGUAUUAAUUCACUUGCAGAGAAUAGUGCACAUGUGCCAUUUCGUGACUCAAAGCUUACUAGAUUAUUACGUGAUUCAUUUGGAGUUUUAACAGGUACAGCAAGAACUUCACUUAUCAUUACUAUUGGACCGUCACCACGGCAUAGGGGAGAGACUGCCAGUACUAUAAUGUUUGGACAGAGGGCUAUGAAGGUGGAAAACAUGAUAAAGUUAAAAGAGGAAUUUGAUUACAAAAGCUUAUCAAGAAGGCUAGACAUAGAACUAGAUAAACUCAUUAUGGAACAUGAAAGACAACAGAAGGCAUUUGAGGAUGAAAUUGAAAGGUUAGCAACAGAAGCACAACAUCGGAUAUCUGAGGCUGAAAGAAACUAUGUAGAAUCACUGGAGAAGGAAAGAUCAAAAUAUCAAAAAGACUAUAUGGAGUCAAUUAAGAAGCUUGAAGAGAAGUUUGUGAUGAAUCAACGAAAGAACGAGGAUCCUCAUAUGAAAUCAAACACAGAGAUUCCCAGCAUAACUGCCGAGGAAAUGGCUGAUUUGAAGAAAAUGCUUCAAAAAGAGACUCUUUUAAGAAAAGCUGCUGAAGGGGAAACAAAUAAUUUGAAGAUUCAAGUUGCUGAACUAAAACAGUCAGAGGCAUCAGCAAAGAUAGAGAUAUCAAAACUCUAUAAGAUUUUGGAAGAGGAGUCUCAUCAGAAAGAGAAGCUUGAAGGAGAAAUAGCAAUAUUACAAAGUCAAUUGUUGCAGUUAGGUCUUGAAGCUGAUGAGACAAGACGACAUCUAGAUAGAGGUGGAUUUAGCAAAGAAGUGGGUGGUCGUGAUUCUCUCACUUCCCAAAUUAAGCAUCAGCAGCAAGUUUCUGGAAAUGGAGAGAAGCCUUCAAUAGCCAAGCUCUUUGAGCAAGUGGGAUUGCAGAAGAUUUUGUCAUUGCUUGAAUCAGAAGAUGCUGAUGUGCGAAUCCAUGCUGUAAAAGUUGUAGCAAAUCUCGCUGCUGAAGAAACAAAUCAAGGGAAGAUUGUAGAAGCGGGGGGACUUACUUCCUUGCUUAUGCUGCUUAAGACCACACAAGAUGAGACCAUACAUAGAGUUGCUGCAGGUGCUAUUGCAAAUUUGGCAAUGAAUGAAACCAACCAAGAACUCAUAAUGGCUCAAGGGGGCAUUAGUUUGCUGUCAAUGACUGCGGCCAAUGCUGAAGAUCCUCAAACUCUUAGAAUGGUUGCUGGGGCCAUUGCUAACCUCUGUGGCAAUGAUAAACUGCAAACAGAAUUAAGGGGCGAAGGUGGUAUCAAGGCACUGCUGGGUAUGGUGAGAUGCAGACAUCCUGAUGUGCAUGCACAGGUUGCUCGAGGAAUAGCAAAUUUUGCAAAGUGCGAGUCAAGAGCGUCUAGUCAAGGCAUGAAGAGUGGAAGAUCUUUCCUGAUUGAGGAUGGUGCCCUUCCAUGGAUUGUUCAAAAUGCAAACAACGAAGCCUCGUCAAUAAGGCGUCAUAUUGAACUUGCACUCUGUCACUUAGCACAACACGAAGCAAAUGCAAGAGACAUGAUUAGUGGGGGAGCAUUAUGGGAGCUAGUUCGUAUCUCACGAGAUUGUUCCAGAGAAGACAUAAAGACUCUAGCACAUCGAACACUAGCCUCCAGCCCCUCUUUCCAAGCUGAAAUGAGGCGUUUGCGACUGAGCCACUGA